CAACCUUAUAACCUUAUUAUUUUCAAAGGCGUUGUUAACCUUUCAUUUUUCUUCUUGUUUAGAGUCCCGAUUCAGGUUUUUGUGCCGGCAUCCCAAACAACCACUGAGGCAGAUUUUGAACCAACCCCUAUGCUACAGAUUGAAGGGACUACAGAAACCACUCCUGAAACCCCCAAACAACUUCAAGAGACCACACCCACGGUUCCCCCAGCUCCAACUAAAAUUCAUCCAGACGCAGAAGACGCUGCUGCCUUGUUGAUGAUGGCACGGACAGCAUCCUAUGUUCCUAAAACAGAUCCAGGGGUGCCAUCAUUCAGCCUUGGAUUGACUGAUUCAAGCCAGGAGGGGGCGUCAACGCAGGAGACAGAAAGGGAAAAAUCUCCAGAAGCUACGAAUUUGAUAGAACAAUUGGACAGUUUGGUCCAAAGAAUAGCAAGCAGCGCGGCGAAAGGAAAAAACACAAGUCCACAAAUUCAGAGGGAGACUGGGGGAGAAAGUUCUGCAAAGUUUGAAACUCCUGGGGGAAUGAAUCAAAUUCCAGAUGAUAUGAAACAAAAGUGCUACAUCUGGGGGACGAGACUGAAGGAAGAUGCAGAUGGCAAUACUGCAAUACUUGAGGAAAUAAUCACCAUAUGUUAA